AUGACCUGCGCGCCCUGCGCGGGGCCGGACGAGGCAGCGCGGCCGGCGUGGCAGGCGACGCUGUGGAAGCGCAGCAGCUUCCUGCGGGUCUGGCGUCGCCGGCAUAUGCGCCUGGAGGGCACGGCGGGCGGCCCCUGGCGGCUCACCUCCUGGGCCGACGACGGCGACGAUGCGUCGCCGACGGGCACCUGGGAGCUGAGCGAGGGCGAGGAGCUCGCCAACGUUGGACCCCGAUUCGGCUACUGCGCUGUGCUCGAGGUCCAGGGCGUCGUGCUUGCGGCCGACAGCAAGGACGACAGCUCGGACGCGCUGCGCGAGCUCCUCGGCCUCCUCGGCCGCCGGCCGGCCAGGGAGACGAAGAGCGCCCGCAGCCCGCCCUCGCCCCGCGCGCCGCAGUGCGAGGAGUGCUGGAGCGAGCUCGCCAAGGGCCAGGUCGUCGGCCUCCUGCAAGGCGGCGCGGAGGUGAGGAAGUGGCUGUGCAGGCGGUGCUUCGUCGCCUCCUGGGCGACCAUCGCCGAGCCGGACGGCCGCUGGGCGGAGCGCAGCCCGCGGUGGAUGCUCAGAGGGCGCAGCGGCGCGCUGCAGGACGCCACCCCGCCGCCGCUGCGCCGGUACGCGACCGCCUUCCCCGGGCACUGCAGGCACCCGCGGGACGAUCGGCGGAUGGUGACCGCGUAG